CAGAGCACAACGGGAAGUGCCUUUUAAGGCUGAGAUUCUGAUACUCUGACCUGCCAGAAGGGAAUUAUGGUGAAAUUUGGCAGUGGCUUCAGUAAGUCAGAAAUUGAAUGGAAAUCACCUGGGACCACUGAAACUGCACCUGAAGAGAUGUGUCAGGAGACACUCCUGCUCAUAGAUGUAGGUGAAAAAUCUCUCAUAUUGGCAAGCAAAGGCAGCACCAGGGCGGGGAAUAAAAGUGUCCAUGAUGUCCAGGUGUUUUCCGGAGGACCUGGAAUAGUGACUGCCUCUUAUGUCCACUUCUGUGACACUGAACUGUGCAACAGUGCUAGCAGCACCGGUGUCCUCCUUAACAACAUGAAACUCUCAGAGUCCUCUGAACUGGGAUCCAUUCAGUGUCCUGUCUGUUUGCACUUUCGGGGUUCCUGCUCUGAGCAUACCAAAUUUGUCCUCUGCCCUAAGAACACUCGUUGCUAUUUCAGUGACAUGACUGUAGAAGGAGGUGGACUCAAGAACUUCUUUAGCCUUGAUGGAUGCCUGGCCAACUCUGCCAAAAACCUAUUGAAAAGCCAAACUUCAAUCGGAAUCUUCUCUGUAGUGGAAGUUUCUGAUCCAAACUCCAGCAAGUCACCCUCACGUGUAGUCCCAAGCAUUCUCCUGACCUGGAUGUUAGCGCUCAGGGCUCUUCUCAGCUCUUUGUAUGCUGGGAUCUGUCCUCUCUGCUGAACCCAUUUCCUGGCCAUUCUUAAUCCCUCUUGGCCACCCAGACCCAGCCCUCCUCUGACUUCAAAGACCUGAGGCUGGGCGCUGUCGGCCUGCACUGUAGGGAGCCCUCAUCCCUCACCCACACACCUCUGCCCCUCAUGUUUAUAGACAUGGGAGCCACUGAACCCAGCCGGCUCCAGAGCAGACAGGCACACGUUGACCACAUGUGGAAAAAUAAAGUUGCUGUUGUUUGUCCAA